GGCUCCCAGAUCCAAAGUCUCUUGUAGAUUAUCUUCAUCAAAUUGGUUUCAAAGCAAACUAGAUGCUUGACCCAGGGAUCAAAAAUGAAGAUGGCUAUUUCGUCUAUGACAAUGGUUCUGAAAAAGAUAUCUGGGUUCAAAUUGCGUGUCAGAGGCCAUUUGUUGGGGAGGUGUGGCCUAGGCCAUGUGUAUUUCCUGACUUCACAAAAUCAGAAGCGCUCAUGGUGGGCUAGUCUUGUCAAGGACUUUGUUAUUAAUGGCGUGGAUGGUUCAUGGAAUGAUAUGAAUGAACCGGCGGUUAUGAAGACUGAAAUGAAGACAAUGCUUGAGAGCAAAAUUCAUAGGGGAGAUCCACAACAUGGAGGCAAACAGAACCAUUCACAUUAUCACAACGUACUACUUGGCCCUGAAAUCUUCUAUAAGCACUUCAACUUUACUCAUGAAAUUGAUAUGCUUAGUGUCAUUUAUGCAUUGGAGAGAUCGUUUCUUAUUUUGUACCAAGCAAUUUAUAAAUCACAAGCCUCCUUUUUUUUGUUGUUGCAAAGAUGAAGAAAGAAAUUCUAUUUUCUCGCUCUUGGCCCUGUGAAUAUCACCUGAGUGGUUCAAGGAGUAGCAUUGGAACUGCUAUGUAUGAUUUUGUUUACCGAGGGUUCGAAUCCUUCUCUUUCUGUGCCUUCACUUCAUGG